AUGUCCCCGUUCUUGGACAGCAUCGCCACCAUCGUCGGCGUCUUCCAGCAGCACGCCCGGGGAGACGGGGACGGCUCCGGGCUCAGCCGCAGGAGGAUGAGGGAGCUGAUCCAGAGGGAAUUCGCGGAUUCCCUCGUGAAGCCACACGACCCUCAGACCAUCGAGAAGAUCCUGCAGUUCCUGGAGUGGGAUGGGGACGGGGACAUCGACUUCAACGAGUUCCUCCUCUUGGUGUUCCGGGUGGCCAAGUGCUGCUUCUGGUUCCAGCCCAGGGCCCCGUUCCUGGUGCAGAGGACGAAGCUCCCGAGCGGCGGAAAAUCCCUCCGGGAGCCGGAAUUCAGGAGCAGAGGGAACCACCGGCGGCUCCAGGAGGAGGAGGAAGAUCGCCAAACCCGGGAGAGGAACCGUGAAGUCGAGCUGCAGCGAGACCUCAGGCUCGGGGAGGUGGAAAUCUCGGAGGGAAGGAGGAGGGAGCAGCAGGAACGUCGCGGGGAGGACGCGGAAGCGAGCGGGGAGCCGGGAACGACAAUCCGGGAGAGGUUCCAGGAGGAAGAACCGGCAGACGUGAGGACGGGCAGGCAACGCCGAGAAACCCAACCGCGGGCGGACCGGUGGAGCCGCCCGGAGCCAGGGCGUGGUGAACGAAGCCAGCGGCCACGAGGAGCAGAUGGAGCAGGUGACAAUCGGCCACGGGAACCAGAAUUGCUGCGGGAAGAGAGGAGCCGCCACCACCGGCGAGAGCAGGAACAAAGAGAGACAGAAGGGAGAAGAUGCCGGGUGGCUGAGCAGGAAUGGCCGGAGUCCAGGAGGCCACACCAGUCGUUCCUGGAGGAACCGAGGGCAGAAGAGCCCAGCAGGGAGCGGAGAGAGGCUGGCCAGGAGAUCCGGCUGGAGGUCCUGGAGGAAGAGGAGGAGGAGGAGGAGCAGCUGGAGCGGGGAUCGUGCCGGUACCAGACCCUGGAUGUGGACACCGGCAAUCUCUGCCCCCCGGGACAGGAGGCGGCCGUCAGUGACCUCAGGGUCCGGUACCGCCCCGCUGACCCCGAGGUCCGGCCCGAGGUCCGGCUGCUCCCCGAGGCCACGGAGCCUUCCACCAUCGCCUACCUGGUGCACGUAAUCCAGAACCGGGGUGAGCCCAAAGCCGCCACCUACGAGAUCGUGUGCCACCAGCCCGGCCAGCCCUGCUCCGUGUCCCCGAGCCCCCGCCCCGAGCCGCAGCCCAGGGCCACCAAAUCCCAGGAAAAGCCCGAGGAUGUGGAUGAGCCCCGGGAAAGAUCCGGGAGGGAGGUGAAGGAUGGAGCCCGGGCCGAGGCGGUGAAGUCGCAGGAGAUCCGGAGGCGCCCCGAGGUCGCCGAGGUGCAGCAGGAGCAGCCCCGGGGUGAGGGGUCCCAGAAGGUCCCGAGGGAGCCCCGGAGAGAGCGAGAGGACAGCGAGGCCAGGAGCGGUGCCCCGGCUCCCGAGGCUCGGGAAUGUCGGGAUCCGGAGCGCAGAGAUCCCGGGGAGAGCCGCGGAGAGGGAAUCCAGGAGGAUGAGGAGGCUCCCGAGGAGGAAUCCAGCAAGAGGAGCGGCCGGGAAUCCGGCAAUUCCCAGGUUUCUCGGGAAGGCGGCACCAAGCAGGGCCAGGAGCCCUCGCAGGAGUCCAAGGUGUCCCGAAUUUGGAUCGGGAUGGGACCGUGGGAACAUCACCCACCGGGGAGAUCCAAGGAUUUUUCCAUCCCAAACCCUCCCAGACUGGACAGGGAAUUCCCCCUCAUUCCAAGCAGCAAUUCCCGGUUUUUUCCCCCCCCUCAGAACCAGAAGGACCCGGGCGUGGUGGACAGGAUGAUGAAGAAGCUGGACAUGAACAGCGACGGGCAGUUGGAUUUCCAGGAAUUCCUGAACCUCAUCGGGGGCAUCGCCGUGGCCUGCCACGACUCCCUGCUCCUCAAACCCCAAAAUCCCUAAAUCCGGAGCCUCCGGAGCCGUCCCCGGAAUGCUGGAAUCCAUGGAAUGGCCCCGUUCCCCUUUUUUAAUUUUUUUGGGAAAAGGAAAAAGGAUAAAUGAUUUUUUUUUUUUGGAUAAAUAAAAGGUUUAAUGCCCCGGGA